AAAUAGAUAACUGAGUAAGCAUGUGUAAUUUGUAUAAAUACAGCUUAGUUGAAGAGAUCAAGUAAACUGAAGGUAGCUGUGAUAGUGACGAGUACCCAAACUAUAUUAAGAUGAAGUGGAUACUGUUAACUGUUGUUAUAGUACUUGGUUUAACCAAUGCAGAAGAAGUUCCCGAGGGGAGAGCAGCCCUAAGAAAAACUACCAGACAAUCCCUAGGAUCCAUUGGAGGUUUAUUUUUUGGAAAUAGUGAAAAGGAUAUUAUAAUUGGUUGUAUGAAAAAUGGACUAUCCAAAUCUGGAGCUGACAAACUACAGGCUACAUAUGAUAAAGUCUACUCUUGUAUGUCCGACACAAGAAUUUUUGAAACUCCUGAGAAUGAAUUUAUUAGCAAAGUGGAAAAGUGCAGUCGUGACGCAAUUAAUGAAAGUAAAGCUUGUUUGCCUAGAAACCAAACAUAUUACCCAGAAUUCUUUUUGGAUUUUACAAAAUCGUUGAUUAGACAUAAGUACGAUCACAAAGAUCUAUUGACAAAUUCAGAAAUCGUCGCUUGCUUAAAUAACUUUGGGAAAUACACAGUACAAAUUGAGUACGAUGGAUGCCUAACCAAUGCAUAUCAAAAAGCCGGAAUCACUGAAAAUAUUCCUAACUCUCGACAAGAAUUUUGCAGAUUUUUCGAGCCAGCAGAUAAAUGUUUCCCAGACACCCUUAAACAGUACUGUCAAACUUCUGCGAACAUCAACAAGUUCUUCGACGACUACAAUAUUGCCGUCAAGCAUUUAUGUCAAGAUUGAACAAAGCUGUAAAAGAAUCUAAGUAUCUUUAAGUUCAUUCUGAAGUUCUAAGAUGAUUAUUAUAAAACACUUAAUAAAAAUUAGCAAAGCUA